AAGUGUGUGUUACAUCAAAAAUGGCACAUUGGUUUCAUCGUAAUAACUUAAAGGCAACAACAACUCAAAAAUUUGAAUUUAAAGUUAAAAAUUCUACUGACGCUAUUAAGAAACUUUGUAGUGACUUAAGAUUAUCUAGAAAUCGUCUUCUGGAUUUAAUAAGAAAUGCUAACAAUACAAGUGAUUCCAUCGAACCAGCCUUCUUAAGUUAUUUAAGUUUGUUGUACGGAUUUAUUUGGGAAAUAUGUACUUCUGAGGAACAUGUUGGAAGGCCCAAUCUUAGUAAACUCAGGAACAUUCUUGUAUUCAAAUGGACCCAUACGUUACUCGGAACACAUACCUACUCUUGCUCCGAUUCAGUUUAUGAAGCAGCUAACAUGAGCAUUAAUGUGGGCCUUUGGUAUAUGAAACAUGCUGCAAUGAUUGCUGCUAAGGAUGACAUAACAAUGGACGAGGCAAAAAAUGUCCAUAGUAUGUUAAGACGUGCUGCAGGUAUAUUUACAUUUGUACAAACUGAAUUUCUACCUCAACUGGCUAGUCCUCCACCUUUAGGAAGUGAUUUAGAUCCACGUCUAAUAAAUACAUAUGUAAAUCAAUGUACUGCAGAAGCACAAGAAGUAACAGUGGCAAGAGCAAUGGAGUUAAAACAUAAUGCAAGUUUAAUAUCAGCACUAGCAAAUGAAACAAGUAAAUUAUUCUUAGAUGCUGCUAACACGUUGCGUCCUUUUAAACCAGAAAUAUCUGCUCAAUGGAUUAAAUACUUAGAACUAAAAGCAGCAUUUUAUCAAUCUUAUGCAUAUAAUUACUGCGGCGUUAAUUUAUUGUCUAUGGAUAAAUGUGGAGAAGCAAUUAGAGCAUUACAAGAGAGUGAUAGUUGCCUUAAGAAAGCAAAAAUAUUAUGUCAAGAAUAUGGGAAAACAAAUGGUCCUGCACCUCGUGUAAAACCUGAUCAACAUACUGUUUUUAAAAAAUUGGCUCCAACAGUAAAACUCACAUUAGAUAAAUGUAAUAGAGAAAAUGGUCUUAUAUACCAUGAUACAAUACCAGGAGAAAUACCAUCUUUAGAUACUAAGGCUACUUUUGGUCUUGUCAGUCCUAUUGAUUUUCAAAUGCCUCCCCCUAAUUCUAUAUGGAAUUUAGAUGUUUAUAAAGUAUUAGUUGGAGUUACUCCAGCUAGAACAGAAAAAGAACAGGAUUUACCUCCUGUUAAAGAAGAAACUGUUCAUCAAAGUAGUAAGGAACCAAAAAAUGAAAGUGGAUGUGUACUACAAUAAAUGUUUUAAUACACAGGGUAAUUGUGUAAAUACUUCGCAAGCGUUUUAAAUAUAACACAUGCUUUUUUUAUAUUUAUACUGACAUCGAUUGCAAGUCGCUAUAACGCUUACAAAGAUUGCAUUUCGAGUGAAACUAAUAGAAACAUAAAUAUAGAUAUUUAGUUGCAUUUAGUCUUUUCAAUGAUGUUUCAAUAUAAUUAGUUUCCAGUACACGUAUACUUGAUUACUAAAUAUAUAAAAUGUGACACAAAAAAUAUUAUUUCACUUUUCAAUAAUAUACAGUGAUAGAUUUAAUCAUACAUGAAAUCAAGCUUUUAUAUGUAGUGUGAUCGUAUUAUCAUUGAAAGUGAAAAACUGUAUUAUUAAUGUUGAUAAUAUUGUUAUUUUAAUUAUACUUGUUUCUGCUUAAGUAUCACUUAAGUUAUUAUGAACUGAUUUAGCUGUGAUUUGAGAUACGCACAUACAAAAUUGGAGCUAGUCGAUUUUUAUAUAAAUAGGGUUUCUACACCUAUAAUUAUGUUCAAAAGUAUAAUGAAAGUUAAUAAUGUAUUGUACACGUUCCAUCGACGAUUAAUGAUUUUAUUUAGAUAUUUUUUAAUAGAAAACUAUUUUUGAAAAAGAACAUUUAAAUCAUGUUAUGUAAGCUGUACAUAAAACAGAAUUUAAAUAUUAUUUACUAUUCAGUUUUAAAUAAGUAAUGCACGAAAAAAAUAUGUUAUGUAGGAAAAUUAUAUGUUAUACAGCUAUAAGUUGAUAAGCUUUCUUGUAUAAACUUAUAGAUAAUACAAGCUAAGCUAUGUUUCCUUGCAGUUUAAUUAUAACACUCUAGUUUAUUCUAUUUUACUUUU